AUGAUCGUUCGGAUCUCCUUACUGGCCAGUUUUUUGGCCGUUUCCACUUUGGCCUUCGAAUGUUCCCCGGAUACCAUCCUCCGUAUGGCCACCAACAAAAGAGAGAAGCAGUUGGAGAGAGAGUGCCACGAGCAAAAGACUGCACAACCUGUGUGCGCCACGAAAGACACGCUGGAAAAGAGCUGGAAGGAGUUCCAAGAGGUCUCCGAACAGUACAAGACAGCGGUGGCCGAGUGCAGAAAAUACGUGGACGAGAAGAGCAGACCGAAGAGUAAGUGAAGACGGAGAAGAUGAGAAUGAGGGAGGAAGAGUUGCAGGAACUGUUCUGGACGGAGAUGCGGGAGAUGCGAACACUGAGGAGGAGAGCCAUGAUCACUCGAGAAUGAGAAGACAUCACGAUCACGAGAAGGGCACGGACACGCCGAUGGAAAGCAUCAGCAGAACGAGGAUCACAGAAAGCACGGAGAAGGACACGCGCACGGAAGAAAGCGCAGAGAGCACGACCCGAGUGAUCCGAACGUUGACCACACCGGACACAAUCACAGAAUGAGAAGAAGCGAUAAUGGUAAAAGUCAUAAAAAGGCGUUCUCUGUUAUAUUCGGAGAUUCAGAUGACCCGAAUGACACCACCAUCGACCACACUGGACACAACCACAGAAUGAGAAGACAUGAUCCGAACGACCCGAACAUCGAUCAUACCGGCCACAACCACAGACGCAAGAGAAGCAACGGUUGGUUAUUUAGAAGGGUUAAAUGAUGGUGAAGAUUCAGAUGAUCCGAAUGACACCACAAUCGACCACACUGGCCAUAAUCACCGUAUGCGUCGCUCUGGAGAUCACGAUCCAAACGACCCGAACGUUGAUCAUACGGGACAUAAUCACAGAAUGAGAAGAAGUCAUAAUGGUGAGGGAUUUAUCAGAUGAGAUAUCAAUGACUGAUUCAUAUUGCAGAUGACCCGAAUGACACUACCAUUGACCACACUGGACACAACCACAGAAUGAGAAGACAUGAUCCGAACGAUCCGAACAUCGACCAUACGGGACAUAAUCACCGUCGUCGUCGCUCUGGAGAUCAUGAUCCGAAUGACCCGAACGUUGACCACACCGGCCACAACCACAGACGUCGCCGUCAUCACGGUGAGCAUCUGAAUCCAUCCACGAACCAUCCCCACUUCUCCCCUCUUAGACAUCGCCUCCCGCUCCCGUCGCACCGUCUGUGCCACUGCCGGUCACGAUCAGCUCUCAGCCAUGAGCUCUAAAUUCUCGAAGCACUGCGAAAGAGGAAACAUGUAAUCAUCUGGGUUCUUCUCUGAAUUCCAUCUAACUGCCGUUUUCAGAUGUCUGCCAGACGAAGAUCUUCCGAAAGGAAAACAACAAGAUGACAUCCUCGCCCUCCAGAAGCUGCGUGCCAAGAAGUACUCCGACUACCUGAGCCAAUUGUCGUUGUGCUACGGAAAGCUUUGA